AUGGCAACAACAAACAAGCGGAUGCCCUGUGCUCCAAGUGACAGCUGGGUUGUCAUAGCAGCAGACUCUGUGGUCAACUCAAAGAAGCGUGAUGUUGCAGAUCCGUCUUUUGUGAAACUAAAGAACCCAAGUACAGACACCGCCUCUCUUUAUCUGCUGGGUAGUGGUGAUACAGAGUUGUAUGAAGUGAAAGCUUUUGAAGAAGACUACCACAGCUGGUUUAUUGAUCAAACCGUGCAACAAGAUGGAAGGCUCCUCUUCAUCACACCACUCGACCCCCUCUAUCUUCUGCUUCCGUAUUUACUUCACGCAGGCAAAGAUGAAAAGUUUCAACCCAUGGAUCAGCUUUUAGUGGAUGAGAAUUUCCCAGCUUGCACCAGACUGCUGAGCUGCUCCUAUUCUCUUCACAAUAUCGCAGAGGAAAAAGAAGUGGGAAGUCUGAAAUUUUACCGUUACAGUCAAGAGCGGACUCUAGACUGGUUAAAGAAAAAGGUUGACAGGACAGUUGUUGCGCUCAAGAAGAAGAACAUUUCAGUCGGAGAAGGGGUUAAAUCUGCCACAUAUAUAAAAGUGAAGACUGAGUCCGACUGUCAUGAAGAGGACUACUUGCGAUAUGCUCAUGGCCUUAUUUCAGGGUACCUCAGUGAAGACUUGAGCAAUGCUUUGCGAAUACAUUUAAAUCUACCCGAACUCACAAGCCCAGCAGAGUCGGAGCCACCGCUAAAGAAGCGGAAACUGUCUGACAAACCCGUGGAGGCUGGAGAGGACUACACCAAAUUCAACAGUGCAGACUUUGCCCGAAAACCUCCCAAGAAGAUGACUGCCGCUCAGAAAACUCUGGCCAAAGUGGACAAAAGCGGCAUGAAGUCCAUGUCGUCCUUUUUCAGUCCCAAGGUCAAAACAGAGAAGAAGUAA